UGUAAAUGUUGGAACUAAAGGAAUGUUAAAGUCGGUAGGGUACAGGGGUCACCCAGGUAGAAUAUAGUCAUGGUGGUAUUUCUGUUAGCAGUUUCUAAUACUUGUACUGUGAAUGGACAAUGUCCAGUUGCAGGGAUGUGUUCAGCAAAGGGGGAGGAUGUUGCAGGUUCUGAUAAUGGCAGUGAUGCCUUUUAUAGUCAGAGACAGGAGCUCUGCCAGCCAGAGUGACACUAAAGUUAGACCCAGUAGUUGUCAGACAAAAGAGGAGUACGAGCUACAAGGUCCUCUAAUCAUGGAGAAAUUCACAGCUGCUAUGCUGCUGGCCGCAGUUGGGGACUCUUUGGGCUAUAAAAAUUUCAGCUGGGAAAUUAGUUCUUCAGGUGUAAGGAUCCAUGAGGAACUGAAAGGACUUGGAGGUAUAGACAAGUUGGUACUAUCAUCAGACAAAUGGCCUAUAAGUCACAACACCCUAAUGCAUAUGGCCACCGCAGAAGCACUUGCCACAGACUACUGGUGCUUGGAAGACCUUUAUCGUGAAAUGGUGAAGCACUAUGUUGAUGCAGUGGACAGAUUACAGGGACGGAGACCAGACCCAGCAACCAUUGAAGGAUGCUCUCAUCUAAAGCCAGAUAACUACCUACUUGCAUGGCAUACCCCAUUCAAUGAAAAAGGUUCAGGAUUUGGAGCAGCAACUAAGUCUAUGUGCAUUGGGAUGAAAUACUGGAAACCAGAAAGGCUGGAAACCUUGAUUGAAGUUAGCAUUGAAUGUGGGAGGAUGACUCAUAACCAUCCAACAGGGUUCCUGGGGUCACUCUGCACCGCCUUGUUUGCCUCAUACGCCCUACAAGGAAAACCCUUAGUACAGUGGGGAAGAGAAAUGCUGAAGGUCGUCCCCAUGGCUGAAGAGUACUGUAAGAAAACUAUACGUCACAUGGCAGAGUACCAAGAGCACUGGUUUUAUUUUGAAGCCAAAUGGCAGUUUUAUCUGGAAGAGAGAGAAAUAGAAGAAGACAACACGACCAAGCCCAAUUUUCCCGAUAAGUAUGAUGCUGACGAGAGAGAUAAAACAUAUAAGAAAUGGAGCUCAGAGGGCCGUGGUGGAAGAAGAGGGCAUGAUGCACCUAUGAUUGCAUAUGAUGCGCUGUUGGGAGCUGCUGGUGACUGGGAGGAGCUUUGCAGCCGAGCUAUGUUCCAUGGCGGAGAAAGUGGGGCAACUGGAUCUAUUGCUGGAUGUCUUUUUGGAUUGCUGUACGGUGUCGACAAUGUGCCAAAAGGUCUCUACCAGGAGAUUGAGCUAAAGGAAAAACUUGAAUCUUUAGGAGAAAAACUCUAUCAAGUUUCUUCAAAAGAGAACACCAAAAAGUCAGUGACUCCAGCAAGUCUGAGGUUAGUAGAUCCACUUGUCCUAAAGAAGAAGAUAAAAAAAAAUGAAAACCCAGGGGAAUGUGCUGUUCUCAGUAGCCUGCUAUGCUACGUUAUUAGUUUGGAAGAUUCUGAUGCCACAAAAACUAUCACACAAGAGCCGCCAACCAAAGUUCUCAAAAAUAAAGCACACAAUAAAGCUCAAGAACAGCCAAAUAGCAAGAAAGCUAUACGACCAACCAGAUUUCAACUGAUACAGUCUAAGUUUUUAAAUCCAAAUCAUGAACCCCCUAUGAAAAAACCAAAAGAAGUAGGAAAGCUUACCUUUAAGGAGAACAGUUACACCGUCCCACGUUCAAUAGGUAGUAUUGUUAAAAAAUUGGAUGCCUCAAAAUUAAAAUUCAACAAAGAAGAAAAAAUUGAAAAUGACCUUCACUUCCGUACUGAUAAGAAUCAAUGGAAUAAAGUUAAUGGAAAAGGUAGAGUGAAAUCUAUUCUGAACAAAUUUGCAGCUGCAGAAGAAAAAGAAAAUAAAAGCACAAAACCAACAAAUUCCAAGAAUUUAACUCCAAAAAUGCAUUUUAAAGGAACUGUUAUUGACACUCUUAAAGAGAAGUUUGAACAAAACUCUAUUAUUUGCUCUGUAAAAGUUGUGAAACCUCCAUUGGUUCCCAAAGAGCAAACUGUGAAGAAGGAAAUACCUUCAAGAAUUAAACACAUAAGACAAGCUGAGGAUCAUGUGGCACAUACCACCAUAAGGACUGCAACAUGUCUUGAAACCCCAGUGCUCGAAUAUGCAGAGUUAAGUGAGCAAAAUAUUCACACCUUUCUGCCUACUAGUAAGAUAAUAAACGUGUAUACUUCAGAGGCAUUAAAGCCUAGUUCUAAGGAGAUGGAUACAGCAGAACAAUUGUGCCAAAAUGAUAAACGCAACCAAGUGGUUUGCUUAAAUGUCAGUAGCUCUUCUACUGGUUGUAAGCAGUUAGACAUGGAAAUAAAGAACAACAGAGGCAUAGAUGGGCAAAGAGAAGAAAAAGAUCAAACAGAAAACAAACAUUGUUGUAAUCUAAGUACUGUGAAAGAUAAAAAUCAGAACAGCACCUCUAUAAAUGAAUCAGACAGUAAUAAUUCUCUGGACACAAUAGACAAAUCGUUUUUAGAUAUCCAGGUUGCGGUUGGUCAUGGUGAAGUAGAAUCACUAAAAGACAUUAACACCAGUAGUUUACAUGUUUAUGCCAGCUGCAAAGAUUCAAUUCUCAACAGCAUUUCUGACAAAGACCUGAAAGAUGCCAGUGAAACCAAAGCAUGUGAACUAGACGAUGAUGGACAGAUUUGGGACACUACCAAUAGUAAACCUAAAUCUGAAGAUAAUAAUAUUACAGGUCCUGUGCAAGAUAAUAAUGAAUCCGAAAAAGUACUCAAUGUUAAACAAAAGAUUAAUAGCUAUGCAAAAAGGUUUCAAUGCUCUGACAACGAUGAGGGGAAUAGCAAUACUGAUAUUAUGUCUGCAGGCCUGGAGACUGAAGGUCCUAAGCUGUUAAAUAUGUUCACCUGUGGAACACAAAAUGACAAUAGUUAUACAAAAAAGUUUCAACUGACUGACAAAAAAGAAGCAGGUAGUGAUACUGAUAAUGUACCCCUUUGCCCGGAGUCAAAAGAUGCAAAACAGGUGACUGUGGCCACUUGUGGAAUGCAGAAUGAAAACAGUUAUACAAAAAGGUUUCAAGAGACUGACGAAGAAGAGGAAAUUAGCAUUACUGAUAACAUGCCCAUGUACAUGGUGUCAGAAAGUCCUAAGCAGCCUAAUGUUCCCACAUGUGAAAUGCAGAAUGACAAUGAGUGGACAAGAACUGCUGAUAAUUUUGACCACACUGAUAAAAAAGUAAUCCUAGUAGCUUCAAAAAAUAGCAUUGGUUUACCUUCAAUUAGGGAAACUGGGAGAAAUAUGGACAUUCCUAGCAAUGCUAUAAAUUCAACAGAUUCUAGUAAGAAAAUAUCAGAACCUCUUCCUUAUGACAUAUCAUACCAAAAUCAUUCUGUAUCGGAAAAAAACAUAUAUAAGAACAGAAACAUAAAAUUGGAAUCCAAAUACGGAAAGUGCUGUGAAUUUAAUGAACAAAAACAUUCACCAGUAGUUAUUCCAUCCAUUCUCAGUCUUACAGAUAAAGUUAAUUUUACCAUAGAGCCUCAUGUUCCAUUUGAAAUCGCUUUGAAGAAAGAUAUCAAAGUUCAUCAAAGCAUUUCAGAAGUCCCAAACUUUGCCAAGCAAACCAAAAACUUAAUGAAGGGGCAAUCAUUAGCAAUGGGACAAAAACAAAAGCAGACGAAUAACUGUAUUACAUCACAUUUUUUAAAGCCUAAGGUAUUACAACAGGCAAUGCUACAAUCACAAGAACCUCCAAAUCAGCUUGGGUCAGCUGAUUUACUUAGUAGAGGAACUUCUAAAUUUCAAAUAACUAAGGAAUGCCCUGAUGAACAGGGCUCAUUCUCCUGUGCACCAGAGACGAAGAAUGUUGGCAGCUGGAAUGCUUUAGAAUUGGACAAGCAAACAGAAGUUUUGAAAAAUAAACUUUUAUCAGUAGAGGUGAAUGCUCAAAAACAGUCAAGGUGUGACCAUAAAUUGGCAGAUUCUGAUAAAAAAUAUAUAGAGAACAUAGAUGAAAAUCAGCUAUCAGCAACACCUGAUGCCGUGUUUUAUACAAAGAAAGGAUCCAAAGACACAAUGGCAAACAGAACAUCAACUGACCAUUUGAAUGAGAACUUUCAUGCAGUGAGUAGAAAAGACACUGUAAAAUAUGAGACACCAUCACCCAGUGACAACCUCAGUGAGCAGAGUUCAAUGGUGUCUGGACUGCAAAGUGCAAGUAAUGCCAGUUUUGAUAUUUUAAAAUCUCUCAGUCAAGUAGAUAACUAUGAGAAAAGAAAAGAAACUCCAACAAAAGCAAUUCUAAAAGGCAGAGAAGAGUCUACCAAGCAGUGUCAAGGCAACUCCUAUGUAACAGAAAGAAAAGUUACUUCCAAAUAUCAGAUACCAUCUUCUAAAGAUCUGACCAGUGAUCAGCUCUCCAGAGCAAGCAGUACAAAUAAUAUUCCCAUCAAUGAUCUAAAAAAAUAUAAAGUGCAAAGUUAUAAGGACACAGCAAUAUCAAAACAAUUAUUUAAACCACUUGUUGUGAGAGCCUGUGAUACCUUUAAACAUCAUACAUAAAGUCUGGUUUAUGCACUUAUUAUAAUAUGAAAUGCUAAAACAUCCACAGACAGAAGGUCAAUCAUACCUUUCAUUUGUGGCCCGUUUUUUCUUUUUCAGAGCUCACUGCGUUCAGAUGUAGAACCAGAUAUGCACUUUAUUCCUUACUCUGCAAUGUCAGUUUUUGUGUAGAAAUGGUUUCAUAAUACUAUGGUGAAAAGUAAGUGGUCAGAAAGUUAUAAUCAGGGCUUUUUUUCAGGGGGAACUUGGGGGAACUCAGUUCCACCACCUCUGGCUCAGACCCUUUGGU